GUUGGAUAUUGCUCUGGAUUCGCAAAUCGGGGGUGCGCUGCUGCACCUAAAUAAAAAACAAGCGGUAAUUUCUGUCUCUCCACUCUCUCUCUCUCUCUCACCGGAUUCUGCUUUACUUCCCAAUCCCAAUUCCUGCUCUAUUCUAGGGUUUCCGAGAAUUGCAAUUUCAAAAUUCCCAACGGGACACUAGUUGUUCCUAAUAUUCAAACCAAAUACAAUUGUCCUUCGUAUUCUUGGGCCUAGGGUUUCCUGGGCAUUUGUUCAUGCUUUUCGAUUUGAGUUUCCGUUUUGCUUUUGCGUAGAAAGAUCUGAUAACAGAGUGACGAUGCCUACACUUUCCGACAAAGAACUGGAAGAGCGGCUUACCGCAGCUGGGAAAAGUCUUGCUCAGCCUCCUUCGUCGCUCGAUGAACUCCUCCCGCUUCUCGAUCGAGUUGAGGAACUUCUAUCAAAAGUGGAGCAGUCUCCUCCCAAAACAAUGCAAAAUGCACUUACUCCACUGAUGAAGGCUCUUGUCAUGGAGGUGCUCUUAGAGCAUUCUGAUAUUGACGUAAAAGUAGGUGUAGCUUCUUGCAUCAGUGAGAUAACCAGGAUCACUGCCCCGGAUGCUCCAUAUGAUGAUGACAAGAUGAAGGAUGUCUUUCAAUUGAUCGUAUCAUCCUUUGAGAAUUUGUCAGACGUUUCCAGCAGAUCUCAUGAAAAGAGGGUCACUAUACUAGAAACUGUGGCCAAAGUAAGGUCCUGCGUCAUCAUGUUGGAUUUAGAAUGCGAUCAGAUGAUUGUUGACAUGUUCCAACACUUCCUGAAAGCUAUUAGAGCUAAUCACAGUGAAAUGAUUUUUACAUCCAUGGAGACAAUUAUGACUCUUGUUAUAGAAGAAAGUGAAGAUAUCUCCCCAGAUCUACUUGCUCCAAUUUUGGCUACCUUGAGAAGAAACAAUCAGGAGGUUACGCCAAUUGCGAGGAAAUUGGCUGAGAGAGUAAUUCAGAACGCAGCUGACAAGCUUAGACCUUGUUUAAGACAAGCAGUAACAUCUUUAGAAACUUCAUUUGAUGAAUAUAGUGAAGUUGUAGCUUCUGUGUUUGUAUCAAUUAUUGUAUUGUUGAUCCGUUUUGCUGAAAAUGGGAUGUCUUUCAUCCUCUUUUGGGUCCUCCUCUUUCUUCUUUGUUUCACAAUGGUAGUUGAGGGAAACUGUACCAGUGCAUCUCCAGCUCGGGAUCCAGGAACUCCGGUAGUUGAGGGAAACUGUACCAGUGCUUCUCCUGCUCGGGAUCUAGGAACUCCGAACCACCCUCUCCCCCUCUCCACAAAAACACACAACAAUAUGAAGACUAGUUGCAUGUUAAACUCUCUUUCUGCAAUAUCCUCCAUGCAGCUCAGGAUGAUGGGGAAGGGACCAACAUUCCUGGAUAAAGAUUCCACUGCUAUCAGAUCACCAAAGUCAGUUGUGAGCAAUGGUAUCAAUGAGACUGGGACCAAUGAAAUUACAAAUGAGGCAAAUACUUCAAAGAAGGUUGAUUCUGAAGGCCAACUUGAGGCAAACGCAACGUUCAAAGCUGAAUCUGAUGAUUGCGAUGCACGUAAACCCGAGAAGUUGGAAGCUGAAGAUGAGCAAGUGCAGCAGGAAGAAGAAAAUCAUGACAUUCCAGCUAAAGAUGUACAUACUUCUCCGACUGAGGUUAAACCUGUUGAAGCUGCUGAAUCUUUGGACAAAGGAGAGGACAGAAGUGUUGAGGCUGUCACUGAAGCAUCUAAACCUGUUGAGGCUGUCAUUGAAGCAUCUAAACCCGUUGAGGCUGUCAUUGAAGCAUCUAAACCUGUUGAGGCUGUCACUGAAGCUUCUAAACCUGUUGAGGCUGUCACUGAAGCAUCUAAACCUGUUGAGGCUGUCACUGAAGCAUCUAAACCUGUUGAGGCUGUCAAUGAGGCAUCUCCAGCACAAAGUGGCAGCCACCCUGAUAAGAGGCUAUCUGAAAAAGAUAUUAAGGAAACGAGGGAAGAAGAGCUUGUCGGUGAAGAUUUUGCUGCUCCUCAGAGUGCAUCUGAAGAGGAGUCCAUUUCGGAAGUAAAGAAGCAGCGGCGUUCAGGGAAAAGGCGAACUGAUGAAUCGUCUGACAAGGAUAAAGCAUUAACUGAAGAAGUUGCAUCAAAGAAUGAUGACGGCUAUGCAAGUGAUUCAGAAGCAAGAUCACUGGACCGGGCAGAAAAACCGAAGGAUGCUAGUAAUAAGAAAGAGUGUGGAUCGACAUUAAGGAAGGAAAAUGUAAAAAAGAGUGGACGUGGCAAACCUAAACCUGCCUUUGAAAAAGAUACUCCAAAAUCUUCUGCAAGGGAAGACCAUGGCAAAGACACAGUUACUCCUCGGAAAUCCCAAUUAAAAUCCACAAAACACGAAGGAGUUCAGAAAGAAACUCCAAAAACAAGUGCCAAGAGGAAACAUACUCCAGGCAAAGAGAAGGUAUCUGAGAACCUAGAGUACGGGGAGAAUUUGGUUGGAUCAAAGGUUAAAGUGUGGUGGCCGGUAGAUCGGGCGUUUUAUGAGGGUGUGAUUCAUGCAUUUGAUUCUGUCAAGAAGAAGCAUAAGGUCUUGUAUAAUGAUGGUGAUGAAGAGACACUGAACCUCAAAAAAGAACGAUGGGCUUUUGUUGAAGAUGAUGUGGUUUCAAAUGGGGAUCAGGAUGUUGAACAUUCAAGUCAUGAUACUUCCUCCGACGUACAAGUAAAGAGGAAAGGUAAUAUGAGUUCUGAAACAACAAGCAAACACCAGAAGAUUGAAGGUUCACCUAAAAGUAAACAAAAGAAUACUGCAACAAAGGCUGGUGGGAAAUCCAAGGACGAUGGGAAAGCAGAGUCAGGGUCCAAAGAAAACUACCCAAAGGCCAGUAAAAAAUCUGUGGAUGACAAAUCCAAAGAUCAAUCUCAGAAAGUUGGGGGCAAAGGUCAAGUUGACUCUGCCAAAGCAUCUGGAAAAUCUAAAGAGGAUGUUGGCAAACACUCUAGUCGCUCAAAACAAGACAACCUACGGACUCCAAAGUCAAAAGGUAAAACCCCACCUGGUGGCAAAACCAUUGGUUCUGGUGGUACAAGAACAACAAAAUCUAGCACAUCAAAGGUGAAAGAAACUGAUCGGAUGAAGGAAAAAACACCUGAUACUGCAAAAUCAUCAGAAACAGCCAAAAGGAAAGCUGCAGAUUCUGCCAAAUCACAAGAAAGUGAGAAGGUCGGAAAGAAGCGAAGAAAGUGAAGUUAUAUGUUGGUGUGGUCCCUCCAUUGGGUUGUUUUCACAUGUCCAGUUACUCUGUAGACUUUCCUGCAGUUCCUCUAGCAUUGUAGGGUGAAUUAGGCUCGGAUAUUAUUAACUGUCUUAGCUUUAACAUUUGUCAUAGUAGUUGGUAGUGGUUAUGUCGGAGGUAGAUUUCUGUUGGUCUUGUGUUUUAUCUUCGGAUGGAUGGAGUUUUGGUGCUAGUUAUGUUCGGUCGUAAAUUAAUUUUUCAGCCACUACUAGUAUGGUAAUCCAGAAGAGUUUAGCAGCACUCUCCGCCAAUUUAUGUAACAUAAAUAGUGCAAUAUUUGGGUGUGAAUCUUUCAUUAGAGAAGAGUAUGGAUGAAUUUAUUGAAAA